AUGUUAUCUUACACUGAUCAAACUUUAAAGGAAUUUCCAUAUUCUCAUUUGUUAUGGAAGAUAGCAAGUGUUGCGUUUGCCAAAUCUAGAAAAUGGAAUGAUGCAAUCGUAUGUAUUUCAAAAGCAAGAGAAUUAAUGGUAAAAAUGGAAAAGUAUAAACAAACUCCUCAAAGUGGUCAUUAUGUACCUUGUGUACUGAUUGACUAUACUUUAGAUCUCUUAGCCUUCCAACAAAUCUAUGAGAAGGACGAUCCUCUGAGACCAAAUUCAUACUAUGAACUAUCGAACUUAAUGUUAUGCCAGGAUAAUCAGGUUCAAGCAACCAAAUACUAUUAUAUGGGAAAGGAAUCAGAGAAGGAUAUAGUUCCAUGCUUCCUUCCUUACAAGAACAACAGACCUCAAGUUGUAGUAUUGGAAUCCUUGGGUGAAUUCACUGGCAGAAUUGAUUGCUUUAAUAUUGAUAAUGAAAAUUUUAUACUUGGUUUUACCCUAUGGAAUUCAAUGAUAUGUUUGUUGGCAAAAAGUCAGGCAGUACAAAAACAACAACAAGCAUUGAUAAAUUCUCAACUCAACUCAAUUCAAGGAAUUUUCCUAUUCUUGUCUCCAACAGAUUGA